GGCACCAGGCGGAGGGUUGAGGCUGCAGCCCUGCGUGUCGGAGGGAUUGCCAAUGGUGCACUAUGACAGAAAGCGCCGCACGUAUCUGCAGUAGGCGCCUCUCGUGCUGCUAGCCGCGCGUCGGAUUCGCAGGAUUUGGCGUAAAAAAAUAAUAAUAAAAAAGAAAGAAAGAAAAAACAAGCAAACAAAACACACACACAAAAAAAAAGAAAAAUUACCGAUUGGAUACUUGCACUUGGAUCCCAUUUUGGAGGUCCCGCAUUGCCAUUUUGUUUUAAAAGACCGGCCGCCUUUCCAUGCCCAAAGGCGCCCGCACCAAGAUGCCCUGCGGCUGAACCCCAGAAUGUUUUCAAUCGAGCGCUCGGCAGGAGCGUGGUGAUGAGAUGGAUGGAGCCAAAGACCCAGCAGCUCCCGCAUCCCAGCAUGUCCAACGGCAGCAAGUCCCCCACACAGUCGGGAGAAGCUGCAGGCUCUAACUCCAUGGCAUGGGUGAAGAUUUUUAAGAAGCCUGGAGGAGGAGGAGGAGGCCUGAAGAAGUCCUACCAGCCUGGCAGCAUGUUGUCUCUGGCUCUCACCAAAGGCCUCCUGAACGAGCCCGGGCAGAAUAGCUGCUUCUUGAACAGCGCCGUUCAGGUACUUUGGCAGCUGGACAUUUUCAGGAGAAGUCUGAGGCACCUCUCAGGGCACUUUUGUCUGGGAGACUCCUGCAUUUUUUGCGCGCUGAAGAGCAUAUUCAGCCAGUUCCAGCAAAGUCGUGAGCGCGUGCUGCCCUCGGACAGCCUGCGCAACGCCCUGGCCGAAACCUUUAAAGACGAGCAACGCUUCCAACUCGGCCUCAUGGAUGACGCUGCCGAGUGCUUCGAGAACAUCCUGGAGCGCAUUCAUCUGCACAUCGUCUCGGACACGGCCACUGACUCUUGCUCCUCCAAAUCCUGCAUCACCCAUCAGAAAUUUGCCAUGAUGCUUUACGAACAGUUUGUGUGCCGCUGCUGUGGCGCGUCGUCGGACCCUCACCCUUUCACAGAGUUGGUACACUAUGUCUCAACCACCGCUCUAUGCCAACAGGUGGAGCGCACAAUGGCGAGGACCGAACGUCUCAGGUCGGACAUGUUUGGAGAAUUGCUGCAGGCGGCAAACAACACGGGCGACCUGCGCAGCUGCCCUAGGGACUGCGGUCAAAGCAUCAAAAUCCGCCGGGUGCUCAUGAACUGUCCAGAGAUCGUCACCAUUGGAUUCGUCUGGGACGCGGAGCAAUCCGACCUGACGGACGAUGUCAUCCGAUCACUUGGCCCGCGCUUGAAUUUGUGUGGACUUUUCAACCGCGUCAUCGAUGAAAACGCCAAACGCAGCGAGCUCCACCUGGUGGGAAUGAUUUGUUUCUCCAGCAAACAUUACUCGGCCUUCGCUUAUCACACCAAAUCUUCCAAAUGGAUGUUUUUCGACGACGCCACUGUAAAAGAGAUUGGCUCCAAAUGGAAGGAUGUGGCUUCUAAAUGCGUCCGGGGGCAUUUUCAGCCGCUUCUUCUGUUUUACACCAAUCCUGAGGGGACGCCAGUGUCUAACGAGGAUGCACCGAGGCAGACCACCAUGUGUCCUCGAUACAAAGGGCAAGUCAACGGUGAGGUGACAGAUAUGACCCACACAAGAUCCUCCUCUCCUCCUGAGAACGGGCCAAGGGAACAGAAAUGUAAAAGCUAUCCUCGCAACGAGAAAUCAACAAGCCAUUCGGUCAGAGCAUCUCAGGAAGCACGUGGGCAAUUCCGACCCACGCAGGCCGGCGGGCACGGCAGGAAGAACCACCUCUCGCCCAUCCGUUCUGACCAGGACAGCUGCCAGGAUCAGUGGGACAGCAGCGGGAGCGGAGGAAGCCGGAAUAAGUGCAAGUCCACCUGGAGACCCGUUCGCGAGGUGCUAAAUGUGGAUACUGUACUCAACGAGCUCGAGCUGCGUCGUCAACAGCAGCACGACAGCCCCCGACGCAGCAAGGCAGAACGAGCGCACGGCGAACAAGGUCGGGACCGCGAACGAGAGCACGCACGGACCAGGGAAGACCGCAAGCAGAAGUGUUUGAUGACCAUUUACGAGGACGAGCAGCGUCACGAGACGGAGAGUCACAGCUCCGUGGAGUCGGACAGCAGGGCCACCCAGCAGAGGGGCGGCAGGCUGACGGCGGGGACGAAGACGCUGCUGCGGAGUGACACCUGGACCAUCCAGAGGACCGAGUCGGGAUAUGAGAGCAGCGACCGGCUCAGUAGCGGAUCCACUAAUCCCGACUCACCCGGCGUCGAUGGCUUUGCGGCCAAAGAGCAGCGGUCGGCAACGGAAACCCAGUUCCAGAGCCAGCUGCACCCAAAGGCAGGCGAUGAAAAGUCACCGUCACACAAUGGUAAACAUCAGGCAAAACCUCAGGGAAAGAACCAAGACCAGGUUUCACAUUCACAUCUCAAGUGCAGUCCAGGUUCAAGGCGCAAAUGCAAGUACGCGUCCGGUACUUGCAGAAAGACUUGCGAGCGGGAGUGCGUGGCUGCAGAUAACAGGCAGAGCGAGCAGCAGGAGCUGACAAGCGGUCGAGGCCAUGCGGGGGAGUGCGCGGCCUCGAGGCACGUCAACAAGACCAGCAGCUCCGAGUGGAACAGCUCAGACGACCUCGCCCUCUCGGAGUCCGAGGACAGGGACGGUUACCGCCCCGGCGACGCCGCCUCGUCCGACACACAGCAUCCUCACGUCCCCCUGGCGUACCGCCACCCCCCCGGGAACACCGCCGUAGACCCUCAGCGCCAGCUAGGCCCGCCGGGUGGGGGAUCUCCUCACCUCCGACACGGCCAGCGGCUUUCCCCUCAACUGGGGGAAAUGGGUGACGCCGUGUUCCGCCCCAGGAUGCUUCAAGAACCUUUCCAGGCCAGCCCCCGUCACAGGAAACCCGACAUCUCCGGCCUGCGGACCUUCUCGGACGCCAGUUCCAAGUCGGGGUCGGACCCGGAGAGGAGCACGCCGUCGUCGUGCGAAAGCGAUGACAGACUGGCGGCGGGGUGCAGAGCGGAGAAGAGCCCCCCCGCUCAGGAGGUCUCUCUCACCACGUACUUCAUCGUGGACAAUUGCAUGACAGAAACGUACCGCCUCAAGUACCACAACCAGAGGCCUCUGCUGCUAUCGGCCACCGUGCCGCGAGGCGGGGGCCCGUCUGAGCACAGGGACGCCGCCCGCAUGCUCUCGUCUGACACGCAAGAUGUGCCAAAAGCCAAACCUGAAUCAAGUAAUACGAGCAAUAAGCCCACUGCGAAAUGGAACCCGGUGACAGCCAAAGGCCUGGAUGAACGAGGUUUUUUAUGAGUCUACCUUUUACUCUUUCUUUUUUGUUUUGUUUUUGUUUUUGUUUACAUGCAUCAACUGUGCGGUCACAUGAAAUUGAAAAUAGAUGCCAAAGUGUUUACAGAGGUGGAAAUACACUAUCUGGACAAAAGUGUCGGGACCACGAGGCGUUGCACCUUGCAGGGACUGAAAAUGCGCUGCUAUUAUGAUAAGGCGUCGGUCGGAGUGCGUUAAAACCUCGGACCUGGCGGCAACUGUCGUCCUUCAUCCUAAAUGUUAUUGACCUCCAAUUCUGCGCCGUUCUCACCCACGCAUGCCUUUCUGGACCUCGCCUUUAUGACCUCAUCCACAACUCUUCCCACAAUGGCUAGAAUUGUCCAAAACGUAAGCGGUGUACACACAAAGUCACCAAAGGGCUGAUUAUUGGAUGGCUCUGAAAGAUUAUCCUGAGUAAUAAUCCUGUCGUGCUGUGUGAUGAUCUGAUAUGAUACUCCCCUUUCGUUUAUAUCGUGAUAUUGUCGUGCGGGAUACUGGGUUAGCUCUGUUCCUAUGCUAAUUUAGCAGCCACGACAGUAACAACAACUGUCGCCUUUCUGUUAUGUCAUCCUUGUGCCUCACACGCCAGGCAUGACUAGUUGAUUUGCGGUCAAUCCGACUGCUUUUCGUUGUACUCUCUUUCAUUGCUCCUGUGACGGUGACGGUCUAGAUAGUUAUCAGGAUAUAAAAUGUCAUAUAUGGAGGGUUAGGUUAGGGUUAGGGCCAACAAUUGUAAUUUUUAAACCUUUGCAACGUUUACAAUCGCAUAUCCUUAUUGAAGGGAGCCACGGGGUCCGUGAUCGUGUCGAAAGCCAAUUAGGAAGAGAACUGGAUCUCGCGCUGUUACCGGACCAAGACCUUAGUGUUGUCAUGUUUGUAUUUCCCUGCCCUGUGGCUCUAUGUUGCCUCUCACAGGUCAAUCUUCGUAUAGCAGAAGAUAACCUAAAUUGUCUCGCAAUGGACCUUUCCGACUGGCGAUCUUAAGCUCCGCCCCCUUAGCUACAGUUGCUAUGACCCACAAACUUCCAAAAUGGUGACCGAACAGUACAGGUUUGAAGUGGAUUCUCUAUCGCGUAGUCCAGAUAAUAUUGCAGUAUGUUUUUUGCCGAAUGCGUCAGACUUGUCCAAGAGAGUUCUACAGCAAUGUCUCAACUAUUUCACGCUAGGAAAUGUAUGUACACGGAAUUAAGAUUUUGGACGGAGCAGGACGCAACGUCAGAGUUGCAGCGAAACGUUGGCGAUCAAUGCAAAAAAAAAAAAAAAAAAGUUUAACGCCUCAUAAACGUCAGAUUGAAAUCCAACAGCCCCUUGAAACCUAGCAUGAUAUCUUUCAUCAGGAUUGCACGUUCCCUAAGCGCAUCCGAGGACCGUUUUCUUCAUACACAUUAACUUUUCCAAGUGCACGCUACUGACAACCAACAUUGCUUGUGGGACAACAUGGCGGCAGGGCCGUGUCAAGCCAAUGCUGCUAUCUGAUUGGCUAUUAUCGUACGAGUGAUUGACAGGUCGGAAAGGUCCAUUAAGAAGAGAACUGAAUCUCGUGCUGUUCCCGCACCAAAACCUUAGUGUUGUCUUGUUUCUUCUUCUACUGUUCUUUAUCUUCUUUGUUUUUCCCUGCCCUGUGGCACUAUGCUGCCUCUCACAGGUCAGUCUUGGUAUUGCAUAGAAGUUAACCUGAAUUGCCUCACAUUUGUCGGUGUUCAUCAGUACGCUAUAAGAGCAUUAAGCACACACUUUUCCUCCAUGUGUGUGGGAUUUCUCACAUUAAAAAAAAAAAAUAUAUAUAUAUAUAUAUACAUAUAUAUAUAUAUCGCCGUGUGU